AUUUAAUACCCAAUUUAACUGAUAGAAAUAUAAAAAUAAAUAAAAUAAUUAGUUAUUAAGGCGAAAUUAACCCUUAAAAAUAAGCCUAUUUUUAAAUGCGGCCGUUGUUGUAGGAGCACCUCACUGGCUCCUUAUGAAUUGUAUAUACAUAUACGCCAUAUGCAGCGACGCACCAUAGAUAAAGACUCUCGAGCAGAAGAAAAUUUUGAAGUCGUAUGUAAACAGCAAGAGACAGAUCACACUCCCGCAGUACUUAGCGGCUGCGGCGGCGACGGUGUAGGCGAGAUCUUCACCUUUAUCACCUCCCCACCACUCCGCCAUGAGAGUUCCCACCACCGCCGCCAAGCCCCUCUUCAGCCCCGGCCGCGGCCGCCGCCGUGACCUCCCGCCGGCGGCGGUGGCGGCGCCGCCGUCGCUCUCCGCCUCGCACAGCCGCCGCCUCCGCGGCAGCGGCAGCCUCAAGGGGGCGCACUCCCCGAUGUUCGCCGCCGUCGUCGCCGCCGGCGCGCCCGGGGGGCGGCGGCGCGGCUACGCCUUCGAGGCCGUGGAGCCCUCGUCCCCGAAGGUCACCUGCAUCGGCCAAGUCCGCGUGAAGAGCAAGAAGAAGAAGAGCAAGAAGGCGACGCUGCGGUCGAGAUCGAAGAGGGCGAUCGGAGGUGAGGUGAGCUUGCGAAGAACGGAGGAGGAGGAGGAGGAGGAGGAGGAGGAGGAGUAUUACUGUAAGAAUCAGGGGUGGGCGUGUCAGAUUCCGGCGAGCAUAUGCGAGGCGCUGAGGGGUGCGGUGUCGGAGCUCAACUGCUUCUUCCUCCCCUGCGUGGGGAGAUCGAAGCCGAUCGGGGAGGAGGAGGCGAAGCGGAGGCGGUCGAGCGCGUGGCCGUGCGGGGCGGCGCUGGCGAGGUGGGUAAUGGCGGUGGAGGCGAGCGAGGGGAGGGAGAGGGGAUUGGGAGGAGGAGAGGUUGUGGAGGUGGUAGUGGAGGAGGAGGCGGAAACUGGGAGAGGAGCACCGGUGCGUGAGGCGAAAGCAGAGGCGGUGGAAACGGAGGAGAAGGGGAGGGUGAGUGUGUGUGUUCCGCCGAGGAAUGCUCUGUUGCUGAUGAGGUGUAGAUCGGAUCCGGUGAGGAUCGCGGCAUUGGAGAGCAAGUUUUGGGGAUCGCCGGCGACGAAGGGUCAAGUGGAUGUUGACACUGAGGAUGAUGAUUCUGAGGAUGAUGAUGAUGAUGAUGAUGAUGAUGAUGAAGAGAAGGAGCAGGAAUAUGAUAAUGUGGAUGGAGAAGAUACGAACCAAGAGGAUGGGAGUAUUGAAGCUGCGAAAGGCCAUAAAGGAGUGGUUUUGGGCACAAGAGAUGGUGAAUUGGGAAAACCAGUAGAAGGAGAUCAGCCAACAGUGGAGGUGGAGGGAGCACAAAGAGGAGGUAAAGAAGCAAAUGAGGAGGAAGCAGUAAAGAUCCAGCUGCAGGGAGAAGCAGAAGCAGAGAUGGAGCUCAAAGGUGAUGAAGAAGGAGGAGGAGAAGAUGAAGAGGUCAAAGCCGAGGGUGAAAGAAAAUCUAGCCUGCCUGUACAGUGGCAGAGGUGCGACUCUUCGUCCCAAGAGGAGAAGAGGCGGCGGCGGCACAGCAUUUCCUCUGAGAGAGAGGCGAGGCGGGGGAGCUUGUCCAAUGAAGAGGAACGAAGAAGAGCUAGCUUUUCCGUAGAUUGCGAAGCACGGCGGUGGUGGAGUUUCUCCAUAGAUCAGAAAGAAGAUCUGAUAUCUGAGUUAAAUGCUUCAGCAGGAUUAGAGUUAGAGAAGGAGAAAGAAUGCUCUUCAGAGCCAGAACUGGCUAAAGAGAACAUACAAGGACAAGCCCAUGAAGCCGCAAACGAAGGAACGGAAGCAACGAGUAAAGUAGACGAAGCUCAAGAAGCGAAAAUAGAGGAUGAAUUGAAGGAAGAGGAAGAGGAAGAGGAGAGGGAUAAAUGCGGCGGAGACAGAUUGCCUGAUUGCCUUCUAUUGAUGAUGUACGAGCCGAAGCUAUCGAUGGAGGUCUCGAAGGAGACAUGGGUCUCUAGCAACCACUUCCUCCACUGGCACCCUCACUACCGUCCCCGCCACCCCUCGGAUGAUGUUGGAGCCAACGGAGCAGAAGCAAAGACCAAUAAGGAAUGCAAGACGUGUGUUGGUAGUGACGAUGAAGACUGUGGCAAUAAGGAAACGAUCGAACCUGUGAAUCGGGCAUCACCGCCACCUCCGCCGCCGCCGCCGCCGCCGCCGCCGCCGCCGCCUGCAGCGCGCACCUCACAAGUUGUUGAGCAGAAGCUGAAGCCAGCGGUGCAAACGCUGUAUCAACCGUUCGUGCUGACGCGGUGCAAAUCAGAGCCAAUGCGGUCGGCAGCAAGGCUGGCGCCUGAUGUGUGCUUCUGGAAGGACCGGUACCGGCCCAUCGGCGCAGCAGGGAUCGGCUUCUAAUCUGCGCUGGUUUAGCUGCUUUUUAGGUUCAAUGAGAAUAAGAUGCUAACACUUGAUUCAGCUCAUUUCUGUUGUGACACUCUGAUUUGUAGGCUAACAGAGGCAACUACCUGUUUGUUUCUUGGUGUAUUACUUAGAGCAGAGCGUUGAUGUAUUAUUCUUGUAAGAUAUUUUCUUCUCUGGGAAUUCAUGAUUGGUGUGAUCUUUAUGUAGUGAAAGUUAUGCUACAGCGUAGAAAAAGAAUGAUUAUAUCAUCAUAAAAUUCA